AUGAAGUUCUUAGAGGACAAGCAAGAAACUGUAAUGAUCGCGGCAUCACUGAUCGCAGCAGCUGCCUUCCAAAUCGGCGUAAAUCCUCCUGGAGGCACUUAUCAAGACACAGUAGACCAAUUUAACCAAACGGUAAUGAAAAAGCAUAAGGCAGGAACUUCAAUAAUGGCAUACAGUGAUUCGCGCCUUUACAGAACGUUCAUUGUGGAAAACACAGUUGGGUUCUUGGCCUCGAUCUCUGUGUUCUUGCUGCUACUAACUGGUUUGCAUCACAAGUACAAGUUUUUCAGAGGGUUUUUUAUGGUGGCUAUUUGGAUGGCCAUUGUUGCUAUUGCUGCAAGUUAUGUCUCUUCUAUAAUAACCGUCGCUCCUCCACUAGAGCAAAAAACCGUCAUUGCGUUCUCUUACGCAGUGUUAAUCGUAGCCGUUGUAAUGUGGAUUCUGAUUAUUUUGUGGUAUGCUGGUUUUGGUCCUCGUAUUGUUGAAAUUAUUCACCAGAGGCGUUCCUCGCAGAAAGGACGACAAACACGGUCAGCAAGGCUCCUCGGUCGUGCAGCUUCUAGUACUCGCUAUGUGUAG